UUUCUGUAAAAUCCAGUGUACUUUGUGAGCUGAUGGAGUUCUCCCCGUCUCCUUUUCUUCAUUCUUGUUACAUUUUUAAUCUAUGAAGGGAAAGGAAAAAAGAGAAGGGAAAAAGAAAAAAGAAAGAAAAAGAAAAAAAAAAGUGGUUCACUUCACAUAAAGGCGUGAGCUUGAUUGUGGGCAAUGGGGAGAGAGGGUUUUUGGAGGAUUACUGGCGGCAGAUAGCUACCACUAUUGUCAAGCAUUGACGAGGUGGUUGAGGACUACUUGUCAUUUUCAUCUUUGAAUUGGUAUUAUGUGCUAAUUGGAAGCUAAAGAUUGGGAGCAUCCAAUUAUAUUCUUUUGCUGGAAAUUUCGGUGUAGCAUCUAUAACAAGGGAAGGAAGCAAUGACAAGUCAGCUCACUCAUGGGCACCUGAUCAUCCAGAAAGAAAAUUUUGGCUUUCAGAGCAAAAAGGCUGUGGUUGGUGGAAACUCCAAGAAUAGUAAAACAACUGCCAAGAAAGCUGGUGGUUUAGGAAAUCGUAAAGCCCUCGACAACAUUACAAACAAAUCAACCCUUCAUCAUGAAACAUCAUUGAAGAAAAAACAUUUACCAAAGGAGGAAUUCAAUAUUGCAGAAGAAAGGUUUUUGCAUGAUCACAAAAAAUGCAUUGAGGCGCAAAAAGCAUUAACUGAACCUUGUUUCUUGGACAUAGUUCUUCCAGGGCAUGGCAAUCAUAUCAAUCUGUCAGAUUCCAUAUCUCAUGCUGAAUAUCCCCAAGCUAAGCAGGCAAAGAUUUAUCUUGAUAGCACCUGUGACUCUCUGGAACCUGUUGAAUUGCCGAUGUCCGAGUUUCUUGACCAGUGGAAAUCUCCCCACUCUUCUCCAGUGCAUUGGGACUCUCCACCGUCAUCACCUUUCACAUUGCAAUUUGAGCCAGUCGAGUUUCUGCUGAAGCCAGAAAAGAAAAUGAAGAUCUAAUGUGACUGACCAUGUUCCUUGAUUGCUUCUCUGCGGGUUGAUGAUUGUCCUAAUUUCUGCGUGAUGCUCAUCACUGGUUUGCACAUUGGAGAAAAACCUUAUGCUGUACUUGAAUAUUUUGCUGGUUGAGUAAUUAAGGCUGGCCAGUAAUUGUGACAAGUCCCAAACUGAUAGGGAUGCCUUUGGACCCUGGUGCCUCUCACCCAAAUCCAUUGCUAGCAGGAAUACCCUUCUAGAUCUUCUUAAGUCAUCAAGAAAAUUGUAUUAGGCUUUUAGCUUAAUGUGUAUUAUCUCUUUGCCUACUUCCUAAUAUUUUAAGCAUUUGGGUAA